GAGUGUUCUGUUCACAAAAAGUUAACGGAAGUUGCGUUGGUGUACUUCCGUGGCAAAAGACAAAAAUGGCAGAACGGGGAUACAGUUUUUCUCUCACAACAUUUAGCCCCUCUGGCAAACUGGUGCAGAUUGAAUAUGCUCUUUCCGCUGUAGCAGCCGGUGCUCCAUCUGUAGGAAUCAAAGCAUCAAAUGGAGUUGUGCUUGCAACUGAGAAGAAACAGAAGUCCAUACUGUAUGAUGAACAGAGCGUGCACAAAGUUGAGCUCAUAACCAAACACAUUGGCAUGGUGUACAGUGGCAUGGGUCCUGACUACAGGGUGCUGUUGAGGAGAGCAAGGAAGCUGGCGCAGCAGUAUUUCCUGGUAUACCAAGAGCCAAUCCCCACAGGCCAGCUGGUACAGAGAGUGGCUUCUGUUAUGCAAGAAUACACACAGUCAGGAGGUGUUCGGCCGUUUGGAGUCUCUCUUCUCAUUGCCGGUUGGGAUGAGGACAGACCAUACUUAUUUCAGUCAGACCCAUCGGGAGCAUACUUCGCCUGGAAAGCCACAGCAAUGGGAAAGAACUAUGUGAAUGGAAAAACAUUCCUUGAAAAAAGAUAUAAUGAAGAUCUGGAACUUGAAGACGCUAUACACACUGCCAUCUUAACUUUGAAGGAAAGUUUUGAAGGUCAGAUGACGGAGGACAACAUCGAGGUGGGGAUCUGUAAUGAGGCAGGAUUUCGCAGACUGUCACCUGCCGAGGUGAAGGAUUACCUGGCAGCAAUCGCUUGAACAACAGCACUACAGCUGCUUACACAGUUCAUUGUUUCGGUUUGGUUGUUCAUUUGAAUGCUGAAUUGAUAUUAUUUGUACAUCUGUGUAACUGAUUUCUCUAUAAAAGGAUGCAUAUUAUCGACAAAUGUUACAUCCUGUGUAUUUCACUGACAUUUCUUUGUGAUUUUUGUACCUGACUGUAAUUAUAAAUUACCUUCACAGUACUGUCAGUGCUAAGGGGAUCUUUCCUUGAGGCUAAGUUCAUGUACAUUUUUCAAACAUAAAGUGUUGGCGUAAACAAAAAAAAAACAAUUAUUUCAAUCCAAAGUGUUGAACAAAGUCUUAAGGGUGGUAAACCUCUCGACCUCCCCUAGCGCAUUAAUGUAGAUGAAGUCCUCGAGAUUCAUUUUAGAAUCUGUGAAAAGAACACAUACAGUGUAAGAGGAAGAAGAACUCCAAUCAUGAUACUUACAGAAGUGUGGCAAAUAACUGACCAACAAUUUUACAACAAACCUGAUGUCUCUAAACAUGGGUAUGGUGGGGGAGGCAUGCACUCCUAAAGGCAAGUGCACAAAAAUAAAUCUUAUAUUAGUAAAAGUAAUUUUUCCUUAUUAAAACAAUGCUUUUUCCCAGA